AUUGGACACGUGGUAUUACCUUGAAGGCCGUGACGAGAACAUAUCUUUGGAAACUAUAUACCUACUUUAGUUUAAAUAUUUGUUUUUUAUGGUUUAAUAUUGGAAUAAAUAAGCCUGUCACAUUACAACAAUUUCCUAUUAAAAUGUAUGCUGAUGAAGACUGUAGCGAAACUGUGAAUAUUAAAGAAAUGUUGAAUCUACAAGUAGCAGAAGUUGAAAUGUUAAAGAGUAUGUACCCACAGAAAGGAGAGUUUGUCUUGGAUGAUGAAUACGCUGUGAGAGAAAUUCAAGCUUUUGUCGACGGAGAUUUAGAUUAUGAACCAGAGAACAGAAUAGGUUUUACAGUAAAUAUUAUCACUAAUAUGCAACCAGUAGAAUUUGUUGUUCAUCUUCCCCAUGAAUAUCCUUCCUGUCAACCAGAACUCUUUUUGCGAACGCAAGAUUUAAGUCGUACCAAUAGUCGAAAACUCAACGAUGAUUUAAUUGAGUACAUGCAGAGUCUUGAUAAAGGUGAAAUUUGUAUUGGUUCGUUAAUCCAGUGGCUACAGGAAAAUGUGAAUGAAUACGUGUCGGAAAUUCCUGUCGAAAAAUCGCGUACUAAAACUAUUCAACAGGAUGAUGUGUUUUCAAGGAUGUGGAUCUACAGUCAUCAUAUUUAUAGUAAAUUUAAACGCCGAGACAUUAUAGACUGGGCACAAGAGCUAAGAAUAACUGGUUUUUCGAUGCCAGGAAAACCAGGAAUAAUUUGUGUAGAAGGUUAUAGCAGUUUAGUUGAGGAAUUCUGGUACAGAAUACGUAGAAUGAACUGGAAAAAAUUAGCUGUCAAAGAGAAAGAAGACUAUAAAAUAGACAAUGAAUAUGAUUUUAAAAAAUAUAAAAAAUUUCCUAAUUUUGAAGAAAUAGCUUUUGAAGUUCAAGGUGGUAAAGCUAGAGAAUAUCACAUGAAUUUAGGAUUAUUUUAUGAAUAUUUAGUUAAGCAUGAUGCAAAAUAUAUUUUUUCACUUUAUUUUGGAGUUGAGGGAAAAUCAAAUGCAGUUGAUUAGCAUUUUUUUUUUAAAUUCUUUAAAAUAUGAAAAAUACACAAUAAAUUUUUAAAUCUUUGAAAUAUUCUUUUAUUUACAAUUAUUUGAUCGAUUUGAAAAAUAAAAAAACCCAAAAAAACUUAAAUCUUUGAAAUGAGUUUUUUUAAAAAAAAUUUAAUCGAUUUAAAAUUAAAAAAUACACAAUGAAUUUAAAUCUUGAAAAAAAAAAUUACAAUAUCAGUUAAAAUGUGUUUUUUGUUUUUUUUCUCUUUAAAUUGAAUGUUAAAAAUCCAAGCUUUGUACUGUCAAUUUGAUCAAAUCACCUUGUUUUUUAGACUUGAAAGGGCUGGACUGUCCAAGUCUUGAUAUUACUAUACAUGUACAUGUAUCGUUGUUCAAAAUUUAUAAUUAAUUUGGUUUAACCAUAAACUUUUAAAAAGAUUUCAUAUAAUGAAUAUUUUAUUUUUAAAAGGUUAAACAUACAUUAUGGAAGAGCUAAAUCUGCCAAUUGCAGGUCUUUCUUUAGGCCUGAAAUGUUAUAUAAACUAUUAAUUAGACAUUAAUUAACUUAUCCAGACCAUAAUCAACGCUCGAUGUCAUGGCUAGCCUGCGAUAUUUAUUGGAUUGGAUUCUGAUCUGCUGCUCAAUGCUCAUUCAUGAUUAAAUCCAAAAAUGGGACUAUAUUUUUUAUCGUACUGACUUAUCGUAAUGAUGAUCAGGGCUAGGCCCAAAAUUCAAUCGCUAAUAUCUCAGUUCAGAGUAGAGCAAUUUGACUGAAAUUUUCAGCAUAUUGCCUUUACAUUAUAUAAUUUUUAACUAUCAUUGUGAGAACUGCCAGCUCUUUAUUUAAUCUCUCAUAAUGUAUCUUUAACUAUUUAAAUGGGGUAAUUUUGCUCAAUGAAAGUAAUUAUACAGAUCUCAUAAGCUGGACAUGUAUAGCCUAUAUAUUGUGUAAAUCUUUCAAUUAUCAGAAUUCAUUGACUUGUUCACUUCUCACUAAUCAUCUUACAUAUAUUAAUAUGUAUUAUCUUAUCUUUAAAAAUAAAACAAAACUUCUCUUA